ACGCGGUGCCGCCGUCAGAGCGCCCAGCGCAGCCGGGGAGCAGCAGCCGCUCUGCGCUCGCUCGAGACCCGCGCCCCUGCCGAUGCUCAUGCCGCGCCGCCGCCGCCAGUGACGCCGGAGAGGUGUCUCCCCUGCUCACUGGGGCUCCCACCGCUGCUAGGAGUGACCCACAGAGGCCGCAGAGAUGGCCGGGGCCUCGGUGAAGGUGGCGGUGCGCGUCCGCCCCUUCAACUCUCGGGAGAUGAGCCGCGAGUCCAAGUGUAUCAUCCAGAUGUCGGGGAGCACCACCACCAUCGUUAACCCCAAACAGCCCAAGGAGACGCCCAAAAGCUUCAGCUUCGACUACUCCUACUGGUCACACACCUCGCCGGAAGACAUCAACUACGCCUCUCAGAAGCAGGUGUACCGCGACAUCGGCGAGGAGAUGCUGCAGCACGCCUUUGAAGGCUACAACGUCUGCAUCUUCGCCUAUGGACAGACUGGGGCUGGCAAGUCCUACACCAUGAUGGGCAAGCAGGAGAAGGACCAGCAGGGCAUCAUCCCGCAGCUCUGCGAGGACCUCUUCUCCCGCAUCAACGACACUACCAACGAUAACAUGUCCUACUCCGUGGAGGUCAGCUACAUGGAGAUUUACUGUGAGCGUGUCCGUGACCUCCUGAACCCCAAGAACAAGGGCAACCUGCGUGUGCGGGAGCACCCACUGCUGGGUCCCUACGUGGAGGACCUGUCCAAGCUGGCGGUCACCUCCUAUAAUGACAUCCAAGACCUCAUGGACUCAGGGAACAAGGCCCGGACGGUGGCGGCUACGAACAUGAAUGAGACCAGCAGCCGCUCCCAUGCCGUCUUCAACAUCAUCUUCACGCAGAAGCGCCAUGACGCGGAGACCAACAUCACCACGGAGAAAGUGAGCAAAAUCAGCCUGGUGGACCUGGCUGGGAGUGAGCGGGCCGACUCCACGGGGGCCAAGGGCACGCGCCUGAAGGAGGGAGCCAACAUCAACAAGUCCCUGACCACCCUGGGCAAGGUCAUCUCCGCGCUGGCCGAGAUGGAUUCUGGGCCCAACAAGAACAAGAAAAAGAAGAAGACAGACUUCAUUCCCUACAGAGACUCGGUGCUGACCUGGCUCCUCCGGGAAAACCUAGGUGGGAACUCCAGGACCGCGAUGGUGGCGGCGCUGAGCCCCGCGGACAUCAACUAUGACGAGACCCUGAGCACCCUGAGGUACGCCGACCGGGCCAAGCAGAUCCGCUGCAAUGCCGUCAUCAACGAGGACCCCAACAACAAGCUGAUCCGAGAGCUGAAGGACGAGGUGACGCGCCUGCGGGACCUGCUCUACGCCCAGGGUCUCGGCGACAUCACCGACACCGGCACUGUGCCCGGAGGACCCAGAUUGACCAACGCCCUGGUGGGCAUGAGCCCCUCGUCCUCGCUCUCGGCCCUGUCCAGCCGCGCCGCCUCCGUGUCCAGCCUGCACGAGCGCAUCUUGUUUGCCCCGGGCAGCGAGGAGGCCAUCGAAAGGCUGAAGGAGACAGAAAAGAUCAUUGCUGAGCUCAACGAGACCUGGGAGGAGAAGCUGCGGCGGACAGAAGCCAUCCGGAUGGAGAGGGAAGCGCUGCUGGCCGAGAUGGGCGUGGCCAUGCGGGAGGACGGCGGCACCCUGGGGGUGUUCUCUCCCAAAAAGACGCCACAUCUGGUCAACCUGAACGAGGACCCGCUCAUGUCUGAGUGCCUGCUGUACUACAUCAAGGAUGGGAUCACCAGGGUGGGCCGGGAGGACGCGGAGAAGCGGCAGGACAUUGUUCUGAGCGGGCACUUCAUCAAGGAGGAGCACUGUGUCUUCCGGAGCGACUCUCGUGGGGGAAGUGAAGCUGUGGUGACCCUAGAGCCCUGUGAAGGGGCGGACACCUAUGUCAAUGGCAAGAAAGUCACGGAGCCCAGCGUCCUGCGGUCAGGAAACCGCAUCAUCAUGGGCAAGAGCCACGUGUUCCGGUUCAACCACCCCGAGCAGGCGCGGCAGGAGCGCGAGCGCACGCCCUGCGCGGAGACGCCGGCCGAGCCCGUGGACUGGGCCUUCGCCCAGCGCGAGCUGCUGGAGAAGCAGGGCAUCGACAUGAAGCAGGAGAUGGAGCAGAGGCUCCAGGAGCUGGAGGACCAGUACCGUCGGGAGCGCGAGGAGGCCACCUACCUGCUGGAGCAGCAGCGACUGGACUACGAGAGCAAGCUGGAGGCCCUGCAGAAGCAGAUGGACUCCAGGUACUACCCCGAGGUGAACGAGGAGGAGGAGGAGCCGGAGGACGAAGUCCAGUGGACGGAGCGGGAGUGCGAGCUGGCGCUGUGGGCCUUCCGGAAGUGGAAGUGGUACCAGUUCACGUCACUGCGGGACCUGCUGUGGGGCAACGCCAUCUUCCUCAAGGAGGCCAACGCCAUCAGCGUGGAGCUCAAGAAGAAGGUCCAAUUCCAGUUUGUCCUCCUCACGGACACACUCUACUCCCCGCUGCCACCUGACCUGCUGCCCCCGGAGGCUGCCAAGGACCGAGAGACUCGCCCCUUCCCACGCACCAUCGUGGCCGUGGAGGUCCAAGACCAGAAGAACGGGGCCACCCACUACUGGACGCUGGAGAAACUCAGGCAGCGGCUGGACCUGAUGCGGGAGAUGUAUGACCGGGCAGCUGAGGUGCCCUCCAGCGUCAUCGAGGACUGUGACAACGUGGUGACCGGAGGAGACCCCUUCUACGACCGCUUCCCCUGGUUCCGGCUGGUGGGCAGUUCAGUCGUCUCUGGCUGCAACAGCUACCCUCUUCUCAACACAUGCAUGAGCGAGCGCAUGGCUGCUCUCACCCCCUCCCCCACCUUCUCGAGCCCCGACUCCGACGCCACCGAGCCUGCCGAGGAGCAGAGCGUGGGGGAGGAGGAGGAGGAGGAGGAGGAGGACCUGGAGGACGACGUCUUUCCGGAGCACGUGCUGUGCGACGGCCGGGACCCGUUUUACGACCGGCCCCCCCUGUUCAGUUUAGUAGGAAGGGCCUUCGUGUACCUCAGCAACCUGCUGUAUCCCGUGCCGCUGGUGCACCGCGUGGCCAUCGUCAGCGAGAAGGGCGAGGUGAAGGGCUUCCUGCGCGUGGCCGUGCAGGCCAUCUCAGCCGACGAGGAGGCCCCUGACUACGGCUCCGGCGUCCGCCAGUCGGGAACAGCCAAAAUCUCCUUUGACGACCAGCAUUUCGAGAAGUUCCAGGCCGAGUCCUGCCCCGGGGUGGGCAUGUCCCGCUCAGGGACCUCCCAAGAGGAGCUGCGUAUCGUGGAAGGCCAGGGCCAGGCCGCAGACUCUGGGCCCUCGGCCGACGAGGUCAACAACAACACCUGCUCAGCGGUGACCCCGGAGGGCCUCCUGGACAGCCCCGAGAAAGCCGCCCUGGACGGGCCCCUGGACGCCGCCCUGGACCACCUCGGCCUGGGCAGCACCUUCACCUUCCGUGUGACCGUCCUGCAGGCGUCCAGCAUCUCUGCUGAAUAUGCCGACAUCUUCUGCCAGUUCAACUUCAUCCAUCGCCAUGACGAGGCCUUCUCUACGGAGCCCUUGAAGAACACGGGGAGGGGGCCCCCGCUGGGCUUCUACCACGUCCAAAAUAUCGCGGUGGAGGUGACCAGGUCCUUCAUCGAAUACAUCAAGAGCCAGCCCCUUGUCUUCGAGGUCUUUGGGCACUACCAGCAACACCCGUUCCCGCCCCUCUGCAAGGACGUGCUCAGCCCCCUGAGGCCCUCACGCCGCCACUUCCCACGGGUCAUGCCGCUCUCCAAGCCAGUGCCGGCCACCAAGCUCAGCACGCUGACGCGGCCCUGCCCAGGGCCCUGCCACUGCAAGUACGACCUGCUGGUCUACUUUGAGAUCUGCGAGCUGGAGGCCAACGGCGACUACAUCCCGGCAGUGGUGGACCACCGCGGUGGGAUGCCGUGCAUGGGGACCUUCCUGCUCCACCAGGGCAUCCAGAGACGCAUCACCGUGACCCUGCUGCAUGAGACGGGCAGCCACAUCCGCUGGAAAGAAGUGCGGGAGCUGGUGGUGGGUCGCAUCCGAAACACCCCGGAAACGGACGAGUCUCUGAUUGACCCUAACAUCUUGUCACUCAGCAUCCUCUCGUCCGGAUACAUCUGCCCGGCCCAGGACGAUCGAACCUUUUACCAGUUUGAGGCUGCGUGGGACAGCUCUAUGCAUAAUUCCCUCCUGCUGAACCGGGUCACCCCUUACCGAGAGAAGAUCUACAUGACCCUCUCUGCUUAUAUCGAGAUGGAGAACUGCACGCAGCCGGCCGUGGUCACCAAGGACUUCUGCAUGGUCUUCUACUCCCGCGACGCCAAGCUGCCUGCCUCGCGCUCCAUCCGCAACCUAUUCGGCAGCGGGAGCCUGCGGGCCUCGGAGAGCAACCGUGUGACGGGCGUUUACGAGCUGAGCCUGUGCCACGUGGCUGAUGCUGGCAGCCCAGGCAUGCAGCGGCGGCGCCGGCGGGUGCUGGACACGUCCGUGGCCUACGUCCGCGGCGAGGAGAACCUGGCGGGCUGGAGGCCGCGCAGCGACAGCCUCAUCCUGGACCACCAGUGGGAGCUGGAGAAGCUGAGUCUCCUGCAGGAGGUAGAGAAGACGAGACACUAUCUGCUGCUGCGGGAGAAGCUGGAGACGGCCCAGCGGCCCGGCCCCGAGGCGCCAUCCCCCGCCUCCAGCGAGGACUCCGAGGCCCACGGCUCGUCCAGCGCCUCCUCCCCGCUCACGGCCGAGGCCCGGCCGGCAUCCCUGGAGGCACCCAGCGAGAGGCAGCGGGAGCUGGCUGUCAAGUGCUUACGGCUGCUCACCCACUCCUUCAACAGAGAGUACACCCACAGCCACGUCUGCGUCAGCGCCAGCGAGAGCAAGCUCUCUGAGAUGUCAGUCACGCUGCUGCGGGACCCGUCCAUGUCCCCGCUGAGGGCCGCCACACUCACCCCCUCCUCCACCUGCCCCUCCCUGGUCGAGGGCCGGUACGGGGCCUCUGACCUAAGGACCCUACAGCCCUGCUCCCGGCCGUCCAGCCCGGAGCCUGAGCCCCUGCCCGAGGCGGAUGCCAAGAAGCCCCCCUCCCCUGCACGGGCAGCGGAAGCCGACAAGGAGCCCCAGCGCCUGCUAGUGCCCGACAUCCAGGAAAUCCGCGUCAGCCCCAUCGUCUCCAAGAAGGGCUACCUGCACUUCCUGGAGCCGCACACGGCCGGCUGGGCCAAGCGCUUCGUGGUGGUGCGGCGGCCCUACGCCUACAUGUACAACAGUGACAAGGACGCCGUGGAGCGGUUCGUGCUCAACCUGUCCACUGCCCAGGUGGAGUACAGUGAGGACCAGCAGGCCAUGCUGAAGACCCCCAACACGUUCGCGGUGUGCACGGAGCACCGGGGCAUCUUGCUGCAGGCCAGCAGCGACAAGGACAUGCACGACUGGCUGUACGCCUUCAACCCCCUGCUGGCCGGGACGAUACGGUCCAAGCUGUCCAGGAGGAGGUCUGCCCAGAUGCGGGUCUGAGCCCAGCCUCCCGCAGGCCCGGCCCCGCAUCCCGUCAUCGUCACCGUCUGUGUCAGCGCCGCCCAGCCCCGCCCGCCUCCUGGGAUGCCCGCCCCGCCAGGACCUGCCACACGACCUGUCCCAGCAGAGGCCGCACGUGUUGUCCUUUCUUUCUGCAGGAGGCGCCCCGGGUGGGAGGAGCUGGGAGGCGCCAGAAAGGCGGGGGGCAGGAGUCCUGGGGCAUCGCCGCCGUUCUAAUAUUUUUUU